AUGCCGGCUACGCGCCUUGAGUCGUACCGCCCUCGUCACUCAACAGGCGAUUGGCACAUACUAUCGUCGAUCGUGGACCAUCUUCGAGUUUCACAUCACAUACUGAACGGCACGGAAGGCGCAGAUUUCUUCUGGAACCGUCAGUGGCCGCGUUCAGUGUGUAAUUACGGAGCGGAGAUCCCCUCGUCUGGUUUACUGGAGGCAACAGAGGAGCUCGAUCGGUUGAUAUCAGAGCACCACCAGCAUUGGAAGGCAUAUUGUGAGACCUUUAUGUAUGUGAACGCCGAGACCUAG